CCAAUUAUAAAACUUUUAGUGGUUCGUCCUUUCCCGCUAUGUACUGUAGACCCAAUUCGUCUACCGCAACCGCAAACCAACCCGUCAAUUCAAUGCGAUAGUUUUGUUUGACUCGAUUUCAUUUCCUUACUGGCGAAGCAAAAAUCCGCCACACCACACUAUUAUUUAGUCGAUCGAUCUCCAGCUCUUUUCUUCCUCACCCGCAUUGAAGAACAAUGGAGGAGCCUCUGCUUUCUGAGCAAAGAAGUGAAUUGGGAGAGAAGGGGAGUGAGAAGUGGGGCUCGUACCAGUACGUGGGAAGAGCUGGCUCUGUGAUUCCGACGGCUUCGUUGGCCGGAACUGAAGUCAGCGUUGAAGAGAUAAGGUCAGCGGCUGCUGAUUCUGAUCACUACCCACCUUCUAUCCAUGCCGCUUUGGUUAGUUCGCCGGAGCCUGAUCCUACUGAGCAAGCUGUCGCAUAUCAAGGUGGAUAUGGAGGAGGUUUUGGUGGCACCACAAAUGAACUCCAUAGGCAAAUACUGGAUGAAGUAGAGAUACGAGAGUUGCUCAUUGAUCAUGUUGGCCAUAGAUGCUGUUGGGGAAGUCGUCCUGCACGGACCUGGAAAAUUCAAAAAGUGGAAGAUUGCAACGUUUAUGUGGGAACACUAGAUACUUUCAUUGAAGAAAGGGAAACCAUCAGAGAAACAGAGCCGAACCUUGGUGGCAAAAUUGAUGGAAAGGAUAAGGGACCAGAACUUGGAAUCUGGGAAUUGGAUUUAAAGUCUCAGUUUCCUGUUUUGUUUAUACCUUAUAAAGAAUCUCGGGAGAUAAUUCCUCAUUCUGAGUCCAUUGAAAAAUGCUCAGGUUGUGCAGGACGAGGAGAUUCUGUGUGUCCUACAUGCAAUGCAAAUCAAGAACCUGGAUUUUACAAAGAAAAUCUGAUGACUCAGUGUUCUGCUUGUCAUGGAAGGGGUUUAAUUGCUCAUAAAGAUGGAUCUGACUCCAUAUGUGGGAGUUGCAAUGGUAAGGGAAAGAUCCCCUGCGCAACUUGUGGAUCUCGCGGUCUAAUUAAAUGUUUGACAUGCCAAGGGAGUGGUUCUCUUUUGACACGCAAUGUUGGCCUUGUUAGAUGGAAGACACUUUCAACUAGAAAGGUGAGUGCAACAAGCGGAGCAGCAUCUGUUCCAGAUGAGGUUUUCCACAGAGCCAAAGGAGUCCAGCUGUGCAACACCCAGGCAUAUCAAUGCACUCCAGCCUUUUUUGCGGACUCUUUCUUUCUUAAUCAGUUCUCUUCCGAAGUCAUUGCAGACAGAGCUCCUGUACCUCUCACUGCAAGGGUGAUAAGUGAGAGGCACACCAUCUCCGUUGUGCCGGUGACGCGCGUCACCAUGGCUCAUCGUAGCCGGUUGUUCAGCUUCUACAUCAUUGGGUUUAGCAGGGAGGUGUACUUAAAGGACUACUAUCCCGCCAGGUUUUGCUGGGGCUUUUGCCCUUGCCUGGAGUGGUUGAAGUUGUAAGUGCGGCAGAUUGUCAUCUUCAAGAGUGCACAGUUGUAAUUUGUUUUUCCUCCUACCAUAUUUGUGAGUGUUUUGCUCGUUUUGGUGAGAAUAAAAUACUGGUGCUGCUGCAUGAGAGACUGGAAUAAAAUACAUACGUGAAUAAAUAAUAUUUGUGGUUGAUAAUAAUCCAUGAGGCGUUGUCAAGUUCUUCAAUGAUUUCCAAAUGGAAGUUGGCCGAUCUCUUUCUGUGAAA